GAAUUAGACCAUUGAAAUAUGGAUGAGAUUACACUAGUGAGUCUUCAUAUGAAGAAAGGAAAUUGUUGAUUAUACACCAAUUGGUUUUGACCAUCAACAAAGAUAUCAGUUGAAUGAUAGAUGAUAAAGUAUUUGUUGAAUGAUAGAUGAUAUUAAAAUAUGAAUUUACUAUCAUGAAAUAAUUGGGUAAUAUAAUGGAAGCUAUACUAGUUGUGGUUGAAAAAAUAACUCGAGUGGUGUUCAUCCAGGGCUUUUUGCCAGCAGCUUAAAGCAAAACCAGUAUAGUUUUGAUCCAGUUCUUCAACUCCAGAACACCAAAGCUCCUUUUUACGCCUGUCGGAAUUCUUGUACAUCAGAGAGUAAUGGAACACACUCCAAAGGAAGCAAUUAAGCCUAACCCCAUAUUGUUGCAAAGCGAGGACUUAUAUGAGUAUAUAUUGGAGACCAGUGUGUACCCGCGAGAGCCGAAGCCUCUCAAGGACCUGAGGGAUGCUAGUGCAAGCCACCCUUUGGCCUUCUUUGGUACUUCACCAGAUGCAGCUCAGUUAAUGGCCAUGCUUUUGAAGUUGGUGAAUGCCAAAAAGACCAUUGAAAUUGGUGUUUUUACUGGAUACUCACUUCUCACUACUGCUCUGAACAUUCCUGAUGAUGGCAAGAUUAUAGCUAUAGACGUGAACCGAAAAUCAUAUGAGAUAGGGUUGCCGACUAUUCAAGAGGCUGGUGUUGAGCACAAAAUCAACUUCAUCGAGUCUAAAGCUCUACCAUAUCUUGAUAAACUCUUAGAAAAUCAAGAGAACGAAGGGAGCUUUGACUUUGCAUUUGUGGAUGCCGAUAAGGACAAUUACUGGAAUUACCAUGAGAGGCUGAUGAAACUCUGCAAGAUUGGUGCAAUAAUCAUCUACGACAAUACGCUGUGGGGUGGAAUGGUUGCUUGGGCUGAAGAGUCUGUACCGGCGGCCAAGAGAAAGUUAAGGUUGAGUACGAUAGAGUUCAAUCAAUCCAUAACUGCAGACCCUCGCGUUGAAGUCUCUCUUGCUCCUUUGGGUGAUGGUGUCAUGAUUUGCAGGCGCAUAUCUUGAUGCCAAUCUCAGAAGUGGCAGCCAUUGUCAACACCACACCACGUUGGUGACUACGUAGCCUAGCCGAAAGUCCAGUUGUUUUGAAAAUUGGCUUUUGGACUCUUAGACUACUUCUUGUGUAUCUACCAUGGUUAUUUAUAACUUUGUAUUUUGUGUCUUUUAA